AUGCCUGCGGAUCAAAAAAACGCCACACCUCGAAAGCUCACCAUCUACAUCGCCGUGCCAAUUUGUGUUUUUCUGAUCUGCUUUUGUGCAGUCAUCUCCCUCAUCAUCCGCAAUCGCGGCCGUCGAAAUCGACAACCCAUGGUCAACCAGCGCAGCCAAAAAUUCUUCCUUAGUCAGGGCAAGCUGGGCAUGAACUCCUCCAACCACUACCUGGAUCACAGCUCCCUGGCCGGCAGUAAUUCAAUGGGUUUUAGUCGCAGCGGCAGUCCCCGGGUGCGCUCUGUUCCCUCUAAUGUUGAUAGGCCCGCGGGCCACAUGCAACUGCGUCCAUCACCUGUGAGCACCUGUGAUACCAGCACACAACAGGUGCCAAGUUCCAUCUCACCCAACCACCUGCACUCCAUGCAGUACCUGUAUCCCAAUUCAGCCACUGAGUGCGCCUACUUU